GUACACAGCUAUAUAGGAGCUUUUCCUUUUGUCGAUUUUUUUGUGCGGCAUAUAUUUUUAAACACCAAGGGACAAUUAAGUACGCUUUUUAACGACUGGUGACCUAAGCACGCAUCACUUUGUCACGUACCCCUGCGUUCAAAGGAUUAGAAGACUGUUCCAACAGCACUUGAACGCAGCAUCCAGCAGAGCUGCGUUUGAUACUUCCAGCCUUGAGCGAGAAGCUAACUUCACAUUCAGCAUGUCUGAAAAGGAGCUGGGGAAAAAGUGGGACCGAUGCUUGGCAGACGGUGCCAUUAAAUUCGGCACCGGGCUCGGGUUAGGAAUCGUUUUUUCUGUUCUGUUCUUCAAACGGCACACUUGGCCGAUUUCAUUCUGCUCGGGAGCGGGACUUGGCAUGGCUUACUCCAACUGUCAGAAUGACCUGCGGUCCGCGUACCUGCUGCACAGAAGCGAAAAGGAGCAGUAGCUGGAAAUCAUCGAGGGACUGUCGUUUUUAUUCAUUCGACUUUUUUUGUUUGGCCCGUGGGAGAUUGGCCAUUUGCAUUAUUCUACAAUCAGAUUCCUGUUGAACGAUCCGUCCCAUUAUGACUCUGUGUGAUUGUAUCUGCCCAAUUAGGACAGUGUAAUUUAAUAAAAUAAUCAUGACAAAAAAUGUAAUCCCCCUGAUUUGCUGUAUAAUAAAUUAAAACAUUUCAACU